AUGCAAAUUUCUCUUCAACGAGACUAUGGGAAAUCUAUGGCGAGCAUGCCUAGCAACUUAUCGGAACAAGAAAUUGAUUUUCACAAUUUCCUAAUGUCAUCCAAAUUCCAGUACGAUAUGAUGUUGCAGGAAACAGUGGGUGUUGAUGAAGUACCCAUCAAAUAUGCCGAAAAGGUAAAUAUCACGCUUGACGGAGAAAAUUUCACCACUGAAAUCGGAUCAAUAAGAUCAGAUCGACGAUAUGGCAGUCUGGAUAAUUCUCGCCGUUUACUUGAAAGAACAUUAUCAACACCUUUAGCUCUCUCUGUUUCUUCAAGCCAAAGGCUUGUGCACGCAGGUGAUACAAUCGCUCACCAAAUCAAUCCACCACAUAGCUCAGCUUGCAGGAGAUCAGUCAUGAGGUAUGACCAAGGUACACAAGUCGGAGUCAUUCUCCUUCCCCAACAACUCAAUCUUGAGAGAAUGAACUUAAAAUCAGGAACUAUUAACUCGGUUACAGUACUCAGUGAGAGUAGAACUCCAUCACUAUUAUAUCCCACAAAUAUUGGAGUCGAUGUAGCCCUUAGUGAGACUCCUGGAUUUCAAAUGGCCGACUUUGGAGGGGAAAUUUCGGUAGACUUUGGUGAAUCUUCAUACAACGAAAGUCAGCCGAACUGCAUCGAGCGCUGA